UUUCACGGUCUGGGACCGCUUGCAGUCCGGUUUCUUUCUUGUUUUGUUUGCUGGUCAUUCACCCGCUUGCUCUUCUUUCCGUCUGUCUGCUGUCUUUCGCAUCUCCAUCCCUGAUUGGGUGCCUCUCAUCCCUCCAUCCCACCCUUUCUUGUACAUAUUGCCUUGCCCUCAUAUUCCGCAAACAUGGGCUACAUACUUCAAGCUCUUCUCCUCGCAGCGUCUGCGACGCGAGUUCUCGGGUCAUGCUCAUACGGCACUUUUCUCCAACCUCGGGCCGAAGAUGGCGCCGUGCCUAUCAGCACCUUUGGGUAUUUCGGGGCCAAGGGGCCCCUCAACUGGGCUGCACUUGAAGUGCCCGCCAACUCGGCUUGCGCCACCGGCACCCGCCAGUCACCCAUCAACAUGGUAGCCGGCGUCUUCAACCUCGUUGCCGCCACGGACCUCGUCAUCGAGGUGCCAAACUUCCCAGAAGGCACCGAGUUCGAGAACCUCGGCUCCACAGUCGAGGUCAUCGCCAAGGGUGGCAAGCUCGCCUUUGCCGGCAAGGAGUUUGAGCUCGAGCAAUUCCACUUCCAUCUCCCGAGCGAGCACCUCGACAAUGGCACGAGCCAAGCCAUGGAGAUGCAUAUGGUCUGGCAGUCAGCCACCAAGGAAAUUGCCGUUAUUGGAGUUUACAUCGAGAUCGCCAAGGAGGGAGCCGCAGCCGCACCAGCAGCCGUCGCUGCACCAGCAGCAGCAGCACCAGCUCGGGAAGUAGUUGCGGGGGCACCAGGGGCGGAAGUAGUACCACCGGGAGUAGUGGUGGCGGUAGGAGAAGGACCAGCUCGCCGCCGUAGGUUCCAACAACGCAGGCAAGCAGCCCCAGCCCGGGGCCCCACCACCCUCCUCGAGACCAUCUUCAGCGUCGCCGAUCAGAUCAAAGUUCCCGGCACAAAGACCAAGACGCCGCCAUUGGUCCUAACUGAGGUGGUCGACAUCCUGAAGUCUGGGGCUUUCCAAGGGUACUCGGGCUCGCUCACCACGCCGCCCUGCAGCGAGGGUGUCAACUGGAACGUGGCCACGGCCAAGCUGUCGAUCCUGCCUGCCACCUUUGAGCGCGUCCGCAACAUCAUCGGCUUCAACUCGAGGAUCCCGCAGAACACCCCCGGCUUGCCGAACAUCGUGCAGGUGGGCGGCGCCGCGGCAAUGGCUGCGCUUGUCGCGACGAAGUAAAGGACGGGGCGGAGGCAAUAAAUGAAUACAAAGAAGGAAGAUAUAUUUGCAUGGGAUAUGGGGUUAUACCUUGGGAGAUAGAAAUAAUAGACGCCAGCGGCAUGCUGCAUAGGCAGUUACAAGACACGGAUGUUGACACUUACUCACUUGGGGCUGUAUGCCAUAUACUUUGAUGUCUUGAUCGUCACGAGCGUCCUGGGCACGUAGCAGAAAUAAGCAAGAUCUAAAACAUAUGUAAAACAGCACAUGUCAUUCAAGUUUAUCUUGUCGCUUAUUAGUUGGCA